AUCAGACAUCCAUCUUCGCGACAUUCCUUUUCCGACGUCCAAACCGAAUCCGACGAAGACAGCUUUACUGCGAACCCAUCGAAUUCGAUUGACUCUGCGUGCGGACCGGUACCUCUGACGUCUUUUCGAGGUUCUUUAAACUGGCAGGAAGCAAGCGUCGCAGCCUCUCCAACCAGGGGAGUGGUCUGCUGACUAGAAUGUUCGGCGGCGGCUCUAACUCAGCUGCGUCCAAGGCGGAGAGCGACCCGAAAGAGGACCACAAGUCGCCUUCGCCCGAAUCCGACAAGGGCGCCUCGGCCUCCCUCAAGUCAAACGACCAGGCUGCCAGCGGCGACAAGCGGAGCGGAAACAGCAGUCCCCCCGGACGGCAGCAGGAUGGCGCCGCGGAUAAGAAGCGCCGUGCCAGCGGUGUUCAGAGUAAGGCCGCGGGCCUGCUGGCUCAUGCAAAGAACACCCUGAACUUUUCCCAGGUCGGCCGAUCCAACUCGGAUGUGAGCUCGCAGACCCCUCUCCAGAAGCUGGGUAAGCAGGACCCUGCUCUCGCCGUGCCCCAGGGCCAGCACAACAACUCGGCCGGCGAUUCAAUUCCCGGCCCGCGUUCGACCUUCCGCGUCGGUGUUUGGGAAGAUAGGAACAAAAAAUGCCGUCGUACCAUGGAGGAUACCCACGCCUUCCUCUACAACUUUUUGCAUACCCCAGCCCCUGCCAUUGAUGGUAAAAAGAGCGACUCCGUAUCCGACGAGAAGGACGCCUCUGCUCAAGAGAUGGUUGAAACGGACAAUGGAUACUUUGCCAUCUUUGAUGGUCACGCUGGUACCUUUGCUGCCGAUUGGUGUGGCAAAAAGCUUCACAUCAUACUGGAGGAAAUAAUCCGAAAGAAUCCCAACGGCCCCAUUCCCGAACUCCUCGACCAAACGUUUACUUCUGUUGAUGCACAGUUGGAAAAGCUCCCUCUUAAGAACAGUGGAUGCACAGCUGCCGUCGCCGUGCUGCGUUGGGAGGAACGGGUCCCGAGUGACCGCUCGGCAACCGGCUCUCAGGCUAUUGCGCCAGCUACUGCGGCAGCCACGAAAGCUGCCAAACUGAGCUCAGAGGAGGCUGCAGACGACAAGGCAGCAUCGAGCGGUCCUGAGGCUACUCAUGCCAAACUGAAAAGCGCGGCAAGCCGCCAGCGCGUUCUCUACACGGCCAAUGUUGGCGAUGCCCGUAUUAUACUCUGCCGCGGUGGUAAAGCGCUUCGCCUUUCGUAUGACCACAAGGGCAGCGACGAAAACGAGGGCAAACGGAUAGCGAAUGCAGGUGGUUUGAUACUCAACAACCGCGUCAACGGUGUUCUGGCUGUAACGAGAGCUCUCGGCGACACCUAUAUGAAGGAUCUUGUCACUGGGCACCCGUAUACGACCGAAACCGUCAUUCAGCCCGAGAGCGACGAGUUCAUGAUUAUUGCUUGCGAUGGACUUUGGGAUGUCUGUUCCGACCAAGAGGCUGUGGACCUUGUUCGCAACAUUGAGGACCCGGUCGAGGCCUCGAAGCUUCUUGUUGACCAUGCGUUGAAUCGCUUCAGCACGGACAACUUGUCCUGUAUGAUUGUUCGUCUCGACAAGGAGGCUUUGUUAGAAAGCCAGAAUGACAAGGAGAACGCCAUUGGAAUCGAGCGCCCCCCACCGAAUCCAGCCAAGGUCAGCGAGUCCGAAAAGAUUAUCCGGGAGACAAAGCAAAAGAUUGCCGAGGGUGGUGCCCCGGCCAUUGGCGUCUCGGCAAGCAACAGCGGACGUGGACAUGAUCCUGCGUCGAUUGACAAUGGUGAUUUCAAGCCGACAACGCUGGAUGGAACCCUUGAGGAGGAGCCUGGACCGAUUGAUGACGGCGAAUCCCCCGAGGUUGCCCCUGACACGACUCCGGCCAUUCUUCCGGCCGAGGUUGAGCAGACCGAUGCUGCAGCCCCCAAGAAGAGUUCUUAGAAUUGGUUGAAAGGAGCAUACUGAACUGUGGAGUCUCGUUGCAGUGGAAUUUGGGCGUUGGUCUCGGUAUCCGUUGGAGGGCAAUCAUGACCGAGGCUUGAGGUGUUACGGCAGCUGAUACACAAUCCGGUAUUCCAAGAUGUUCGUUGGAAGAAUUGACUAUUGGCAAGUUGGUGCUAGAGCGGGGGUACAAGU